CUGGCAUCUCGGUUUCCUUGAUUGUACAAUUGCAACCAUGUCGUCAACGACGCCGACAAAACCAACCUCCGCAAGUCCACGCAAAGGAUCCUCCUCCGCCUCCAGCAAAAAAUCCGUAAAAAAGAUCUCACCGCUAGAGGAGAAAGAGUGCGAUCCCUCCCUGAAUAUAAUUCCAGAGCCGUCCAUGAAUGCAAUCGCCAACUACAUUCGAAGUAACGGUGUAAAGAGAAUUUUGGUUCUAACUGGUGCUGGAAUAUCAACGAGUGCAGGGAUACCAGACUUUCGAUCUCCUGGGACGGGAUUAUAUGACAAUCUAAAGAAAUACAGCCUCCCCUACCCAGAAGCCAUAUUCGACAUCUCCUAUUUUCGACGAAAACCCGAACCGUUCUUCACUCUCGCUCGAGAAUUAUAUCCCGGAAGCUUUCGGCCAACCUUGUCACACUACUUUAUUCGUCUUUUGCAGGAGAAAGGAGUCCUGCUACGGAAUUUCACGCAAAAUAUUGAUACCUUAGAGCGCGUCGCUGGGAUUGCUGAGGAUUCGCUGGUAGAGGCUCAUGGAUCUUUUGCUACCGCGCAUUGUCGAGGAAGGAUCGUAACGGCUCCCAAAAGCGAGGAUGAGAUUGAUGCAACUCCUCUUCGUGACAAUGAGACUGAUUCUGAAGAUGAGAACGUGCAACUCGACCCAGGGUGUGGAAAGGAAUACACGCAGGAGUGGGUAAAAACCAAAAUCUUUGCGGGAGAAAUUCCCACCUGUGAAAAUUGCUCAGGAUUGAUAAAACCUGAUAUCGUCUUCUUUGGCGAAUCUCUUCCGGAGCGAUUUCACAGACUUAUUGCCGCAGAUUUUCAUAAGUGCGAUCUAGCCAUCAUCAUUGGCACAUCCCUCCAGGUCGCCCCAUUCUCCCACCUGAUCAACAUGGUCCCUCCACAGAUCCCACGUCUGCUCAUCAAUCGUGAGAUCGUGGCCGUAGAAGAGUACUCUUCCACCCGUGGGUUUGAUUUUGUAGGUGACAGACACAAAUAUAGACGUGACGCAGUGUUUUUGGGUACAUGCGAUGAGGGUUGUGAGAAAUUGGCGGAGUUGCUAAAUUGGGGAGAAGACCUAAAAGCACUCAUAGAGAGGGAGAGCAAGAUUUUGCAAAACUUGCAGUCGGGUGAAGCUGCCAAGAGUAUUGCUGAAGCAAUCGGAGAGGCUGUAGCUGUGAGCGAUGCAAAGGAGGAAGAGGAGUUGAUACGGGGAAUGGAAAAUCUCUUGAAGGAGAAGGUAUGAGGGUUGCGAGUUUUGCCCUUUGACACGAGAGUUAAUUUAAUAAGAAUUUGUGCACAU